CGCGGUGAUUUUUUUAAAUUAAAACAAACCUGCGCUCGCCGAUUCUAGCACCACUCUACCGGCGGAGGGCUUCAAUACUGAAGCAAUACGCGACCGACGAAAUCCAAUCUGCUGCUGGUGACGACGGGAGACGGGAGACUUGUGCUGAAGGUGGUGACCGACGAAAUCCAAUCUGCUGCUGCAGUGCUGCGCUACUUCGCUGGAGUGCUGGACGCGUGGGACUGAGUUAAAGCAGAGCUGGCUGCUGGAUUCAUACACAUCAAUCACCCACAACACAACUCUGCAAACACUUUAAAUGGACUUUACAUAAUACUGAGUUCAUGGCUGACAUAUGGUUUUGGGACUUCAAUGGUUAGCUUCUCUGGGCCCUAUUAAAUGGGAUUUUGACAAGCUUAUUAUGGAGUUUCAGUAUAUGGGAAAAAAGUUGUAUUAAGGGGAGCAUGCAGUGGAUUAAUGGGGAAAAUUUGUGCCAUGAAGUGCACAAGAAGAGUAAGAAAUAUGGGGGACAAUUAUACCUUAUGAAGGUGCAUUAACUGGGCAGUGAAUUUAAAAAUAAAACACAAUCUACUUUGGAGUACAUGCGUGAGGAAAUAUCUGCUGUGUUGACAAAAUUCCAGCAUGUUUUUGAGGAACCAAAGCAACCGCCUCCGCAUAGAGACUGGGAUCAUCAAAUCCACCUCAUGCCUGGUACUGCUCCUAUCAAUGUCAGACCCUAUAGAUAUCCAACUAUACAAAAAACUGCCAUUGAAGAGAUUUCAAAGGAGAUGUUGGAUAAUGGUGUCAUUAGAAAUAGUCAGAGCCCCUACUCCUCACAUGUGGUAAUGAUUAAGAAAAAAGAUGGAAGCUGGAGAUUUUGCGCAGACUAUAGAGAGCUGAAUAAGCAUACUGUGAAGGACAAGUUCCCCAUCCUUGUGAUAGAUGAACUGUUGGAUGAGCUGAAAGGAUCUCACAUUUUUUUCCAAAAUUGACUUGAGAUCAGGUUAUUGGCAGAUCACAAUGAAGGAAGAAGAUAUCGAAAAAAGAGCCUUUAGACUUCAUGAAGGGCACUAUGAGGUCUUGUUCAUGUCUUUUGGCUUAACAAAUGCUCCAUCCACUUUUCAGAACCUUAUGAAUUCCAUCUUUAAACCAUACCUCAGGAAGUUUAUAUUGGUGUUUUUUAUGACAUUUUGAUAUACAGUCCGGAUGUUAAAUCACAUGCACUACAUUUGCAGCAGGCCCUUAGCAUCUCGAAGAACAACACCUUGUUUGUUAAACGUAGUAAAUGCUCUUUUGGAGUAUCUACUAUUGAAUACCUAGGGCAUAUUUUUUUAAUGGAUGGUGCAGCUACUGACCCCAAAAAGAUUCAGGCAAUUCAGAGUUGGCCUAGUCCAAAAAACUUGAAGACCUUAAGAGGAUUUCUGACCCCAAAAAGAUUCAGGCAAUUCAGAGUUGGCCUAGUCCAAAAAACUUGAAGACCUUAAGAGGAUUUCUUGGAAUGACAGAAUAGUACAGGAAAUUCAUACAAGGGAAACUAUUGUGAAGAGAUUGAAGACCUGAAGAAGAAGCUUACUCAGGAAUUUGAAAUCAAAGACCUGGGAGAAUUGAAGUAUUUUCUUGGCAUGGAGAUAGCAAGAUCAAAGAAGGGAAUUGUGGUAUCCCAAAGGAAGUAUGUACUGGACCUACUUCAUGAAACAGGUAUGAGUGCAUGCAGACCAAUAGAUACUCCAAUUGACCCUAAUCAGAAGUUAGGAAAUGUCAAGGAAGGAGUACCAGUUAAUAUUCACCAAUAUCAAAGAUUGGUGGGAAGGUUGAUUUAUCUGGCACAUACAAGGCCAGAUAUUGCCUUUGCAGUCAGUAUGGUUAGUCAGUUCAUGCAUAAUCCAUUCCAAGAACAUCUAGAUGCUACCUACAGGAUCCUAAGAUAUUUGAAAAGUUGUCCAGGGAAAGGAUUAUUUUUUAAAAGAAGUGACAAUAGAAGUGUAGAAGCCUUUACAGAUGCAGAUUAUGCUGGGUCAAUAACUGAUAGAAGGUCUACAUCUGGAUAUUGUACUUAUGUAUGGGGGAAUCUAGUGACUUGGAGGAGUAAGAAGCAGAAUGUUGUUGCCAGAAGUAGUGCAGAAUCUGAAUUUAGAUCUAUGGCUAAUGGAAUCUGUGAGCUACUUUGGAUCAAAAGAAUGAUGACAGAGUUGAAUAUGGAAAUGGAUCUACCUAUGAAAUUAUAUUGUGACAAUAAAGCAGCCAUUAAUAUUGCUCACAAUCCUGUGCUACAUGAUCGUACUAAACACAUUGAGGUGGACAUGCAUUUUAUCAAAGAGAAGAUUGAAGCUGGAAUUGUAUGCACACCAUUCAUAUCUACUAAAGAGCAGACAGCUGAUAUCUUUACAAAGGGGCUGUUUAAACCAGUGUUUGAGUUUCUUAUAAGCAAGUUGGGAAUGUAUGAUAUAUACUUACCAACUUGAGGGGGAGUGUAGAAAAAUGUAGCAUAUUAAUGUUAUUUUAUUAUGUGUACAUCCGAAACUGUAUAGAUAGGAAGUAGGGUUGAUUUUGAACUCUAACUCUUAGAUUAACAC